GGCAGCAGCCCCGCGCCAACAUGCAGCCGGUGUAUUCGGAGGUGAAACCCAACCCGCUGCGGGACGCGAACCUCUGCUCGCGCGUGUUCUUCUGGUGGCUCAACCCCUUGUUUAAAAUCGGCCACCAGCGGAGACUGGAGGAAGAUGACAUGUACUCGGUGCUUCCCGAGGACCGCUCCAAACACCUUGGGGACCAGCUGCAAGGGUACUGGGACAAGGAGGUGUGGCGGGCUGAGAAGGAAGGCCGGAAGCCGUCUCUGACGAAGGCUAUCAUCAGGUGCUACUGGAAGUCCUAUCUCGUGCUGGGGCUCUUCACUCUGAUCGAGGAAGGCACCAAAGUGGUCCAGCCCCUAUUUCUGGGGAAAAUUAUUAGUUACUUUGAAAACUACAACCCCACGGAUACGGCAGCUUUGCACGAGGCUUAUGCCUACGCCACGGUGCUCACCACGUGCACGCUCCUUCUGGCCAUCCUGCACCACCUGUAUUUCUACAACGUCCAGUGCGCUGGCAUGAGGCUGCGAGUCGCCAUGUGCCAUAUGAUCUAUCGGAAGGCUCUCCGCCUCAGCAGCACGGCCAUGAGCAAGACCACCACGGGGCAGAUCGUCAACCUGCUGUCCAACGACGUGAACAAGUUUGACCAGGUGACGAUAUUCUUGCACUUUCUGUGGGCAGGGCCGCUGCAGGCCAUCGCGGUGACCGCCCUGCUCUGGAUGGAAAUCGGGAUCUCCUGCCUGGCGGGGAUGGCCGUGCUCCUGAUCCUCCUGCCGCUGCAGAGCUGCAUCGGGAAGGUGUUCUCGUCCCUCCGGAGCAAGACGGCAGCGUUCACAGACAUCCGCAUCCGGACCAUGAACGAAGUGAUCACAGGCAUAAGGAUCAUCAAGAUGUACGCCUGGGAGAAGUCCUUCGCUGAUCUCAUCACCGGCUAUAGGAAGAAGGAGAUCUCCAAGGUCCUACGCAGCUCCUACCUGCGGGGCAUGAACCUGGCAUCCUUCUUCGCGGCCAGCAAGAUCAUCGUAUACGUGACCUUCACCGCGUACGUGCUCCUGGGCCACACCAUCACGGCCAGCCGCGUGUUCGUGGCCGUCACCUUGUACGGCGCCGUGCGCCUCACCGUCACCCUCUUCUUCCCGUCGGCCAUCGAGAAGGUGUCGGAAGCUGUGGUCAGCAUCCGGAGGAUCAAGAACUUUCUGCUGCUGGACGAGAUCGCGCGGCCCCCGCCCCUGCUGGCCUCUGAGGGGAAAGUGCAGCUGUGCGUGCAGGACCUCACAGCCUUCUGGGACAAGGCCUCGGAGACGCCCACCCUGCAUGGGCUGUCCUUCACCGUCAGGCCCGGGGAGCUCCUGGCCGUGGUCGGGCCCGUGGGUGCCGGGAAGUCGUCCCUGCUGAGUGCCGUGCUGGGCGAGCUGCCGCCCAGCCAGGGCAGGGUCAGCGCCCACGGCAGCGUCGCCUACGUGUCCCAGCAGCCCUGGGUGUUCUCAGGCACUGUGAGGAGCAACAUCCUGUUUGGGAAGAAGUACGAGAAGGAGCGCUACGAGCGCGUCAUCAAGGCCUGCGCACUGAAGAAGGAUCUGCAGCUGUUGGAGGACGGUGACCUCACCCUGAUCGGAGACCGCGGCACCACGCUCAGUGGAGGCCAGAAGGCCCGGGUCAACCUCGCCAGAGCCGUCUACCAGGAUGCUGACAUCUACCUACUGGAUGACCCGCUCAGUGCCGUGGAUGCCGAAGUCAGCAGGCACCUGUUCGAGCUGUGUAUCUGUCAGAGCCUGCACGAGAAGAUCACCAUCCUGGUCACCCACCAGCUACAGUACCUUAAAGCUGCCAGUCAGAUCCUCAUCUUGAAAGAUGGGGAGAUGGUGCAGAAGGGGACCUACGCUGAGUUCCAGAAAUCUGGCAUAGACUUUGGCUCCCUCUUGAAGAAAGAGAAUGAGGAGGCGGAUCACUCGCCACUACCGGGGACGCCCCAGCUGAAGAAGCGGACCUUCUCGGAGUCCUCACUGUGGUCGCAGCAUUCCUCUCCCCCCUCACUGAAGGACGGCGCCCCCGAGGGCCAGGAGCCCGAGAAUGUGCAGGUGCUGGUGCCCGAGGAGAGCCGCUCUGAGGGCCGGGUGGGCUUCAAGGCCUACAAGAAUUACUUCACUGCUGGCGCCCAUUGGUCUGUCAUCGUCAUCCUCCUCCUCGUGAACAUCGCCUCCCAGGUGGCCUACAUCCUUCAGGACUGGUGGCUUUCGUACUGGGCGAACAGGCAGAGCGCUCUGAACGUCACGGCGCCUGAAGUGGGCAAUGUCACCAGGGAGCUGGAUCUCCAGUGGUACUUGGGAAUUUAUUCAGGUCUCACCGUGGCCACCGUCAUCUUCGGCAUAGCAAGGUCACUUCUGGUCUUCUACGUCCUGGUGAACUCCUCCCAGACUUUGCACAACCGCAUGUUUGAGUCCAUCCUGAAGGCGCCGGUCUUGUUCUUCGAUAGAAACCCAAUUGGAAGAAUUUUAAAUCGUUUCUCCAAAGACAUUGGGCAUAUGGAUGACUUGCUGCCCCUGACCUUUCUAGAUUUCAUCCAGACGUUCCUACAAGUGAUCGGUGUGGUGGGUGUGGCCGUGGCCGUGAUCCCAUGGAUUGCUCUGCCUCUGGUUCCCCUGGCCAUCAUCUUCAUUGUGCUUCGGCGAUAUUUCCUGCAAACAUCCAGAGAUGUCAAACGUCUGGAAUCUACAACUCGGAGCCCCGUGUUCUCCCACCUGUCGACAUCUCUCCAGGGCCUCUGGGUCAUACGUGCGCACAGAGCCGAGGAGAGGUUUCAGGAGCUGUUUGACGCUCACCAGGAUUUGCACUCAGAGGCGUGGUUCUUGUUUCUCACGACGUCGCGCUGGUUCGCUGUGCGUCUGGACGCCAUCUGCGCUGUCUUUGUCAUUGUGGUGGCCUUCGGGGCGCUCCUGCUGGCCAAAACCUUGGAUGCGGGGCAGGUGGGCCUGGCACUGUCCUACGCCCUCACGCUCAUGGGGAUGUUCCAAUGGUGUGUCCGGCAGAGCGCCGAGGUGGAGAAUAUGAUGAUUUCCGUGGAGCGGGUGAUGGAGUACACAGAGCUGGAGAAAGAGGCGCCGUGGGAAUGUCAGAAGCGCCCCCCGCCCGGCUGGCCCCAGGAGGGGGUCAUCGUCUUCGACAAUGUCAACUUCACCUACAGUCUGGACGGGCCUGUGGUGCUGAAGCACCUCACCGCCCUCAUCAAGUCCAGAGAGAAGGUCGGCAUUGUGGGGAGAACAGGCGCAGGGAAAAGUUCCCUCAUCUCAGCCCUUUUCAGACUGUCAGAGCCCGAAGGUAAAAUUUGGAUCGAUAAGAUCUUGACCACAGAAAUCGGACUCCACGACUUACGGAAGAAUAUGUCCAUCAUCCCACAGGAACCUGUUUUAUUCACUGGAACGAUGAGGAAAAAUCUGGACCCCUUCAAUGAGCAUGCAGAUGAGGAACUAUGGAAUGCCUUAAAUGAGGUGCAACUCAAAGAAGCCAUCGAAGAUCUUCCUGGCAAAAUGGACACUGAAUUAGCAGAAUCGGGAUCGAACUUUAGUGUGGGACAGAGACAGUUGGUGUGCCUUGCCAGGGCUAUUCUCAGGAAAAAUCGAAUAUUGAUUAUUGACGAAGCAACAGCAAAUGUGGAUCCAAGAACGGAUGAGUUAAUCCAGAAGAAAAUCCGCGAGAAAUUCGCCCAGUGCACCGUGCUGACCAUUGCCCAUAGACUGAACACUAUCAUCGACAGCGAUAAGAUAAUGGUUUUGGAUUCAGGCAGGCUGAAAGAAUAUGAUGAGCCAUAUAUUUUGCUGCAAAAUAAAGAGAGCCUAUUUUCCAAGAUGGUGCAACAGCUGGGCAAGGCCGAGGCUGCUGCCCUCAUGGAAACAGCAAAACAGGUCUAUUUCAGAAAGAAUUAUCCGGAUAUCACGCACAAUGGCCACAUGCUUAUAAACGCUUCCAACGGACAGCCCUCGGCGUUAACUAUUUUUGAGACUGCUCUGUGAUCCUUCCAGGAUGUCCGCUCUGCUCCAAAGGCAUUUCUCCAAUCGUUUUUUGCACUAUGUCAACUGUGUUUUUUUUGUUUUUUAAGUCUAGUGACCAAUGCACCUACAUGUACGAGAUUGUAGUUUCUUGGGAUAUUUUUUCCUCCAACUUUUUACCCAUUCAUUUUACACUCUUCACAAAAUGAUUUAUUAUUUUUAUUUAACUGGUAGAGGUUUUAUGUGUGGUUGUGUGUGGGUAUGUGUGGGUGUGGGUGUGGGUGUGCGUUUUCUUAUCCGAAUCAGAGGUGCGGGGCACCAAUCCAAGCUGUCUACCAGGUUUUGUGCCUUAAGAGACUCAGAGCCAAAGCUCCUUUUGUAAGGUAUAAAACAAAGUUGAUGCUGAUUUUCUGUUUUUUUAAAUUUUACUGUCUACCCUCCCCCCAAAAUUGCAUGUUACUUUCCAGUUAUAUCAGGGAUUCUUUUUACUUGAAGAUCGUGUGAAGUUGCCAUUUGUCUCAUGACUUUCUUUAACCGGACUAGGAGGAUCUAUUACUUCCUCACAAUGCCCCCCCCCCCAAAGAAAAAUACUGUAGUGGGGGUGGGGGGAGGGGAGGUAGCUCGGUGGUAGAGCGAUGGGAACUGUAUGUGUGCGGCCCCGAGUUUGCUCCUCGGCAUUGAACAGGAUCCACCCAAGCACAGACUGGAACUCCGCAUGGGGGUCUCAGGAGGUUUCCUGAAGGGUCUGCCUGCGGGAGACCCUCACCCCUGCUGGUGAGACACUCGAUGUACCCAGAGCCAUUUCUGCAAGAGCUUUCUGAUGGAUGCGGCUGUGAAGGCAUGCUCCUCGCUGGCGCCGGUACUGCUGGACAUGAGCACUGGGUCUGGAGUUUUUUCUCGAUGGUCUUGACUCUGAUAUGUUGUUGAAGUGACUCCGGGUUUUACUGACGUGGUUUAAGGAAAUGCAUGACGUCUCCGGAUAAGGCGUAAACCACCCUUCAAUUGCAUAUGUCACAUGCCUCCCUCUGGUGGGGUUUUGGACUCUUUGAUAGAGAAACAUGGAGGUUUUACAGAAUCAAGCCUUAAAAAUGUGUGCACGCGUGCACGCACACAUGCACACACACGCACAUGCACACACGCACACACGUGCACACACACACACACACACACACUGCCGGGGCUGAAUGACUGCACUGUUUAGCAAUAGGGUUUGUGUGGAGUGCAUGAAAGUGGUUAAUCUUUCAGGAGUGGGAAACGACAGGGGUGAUAAUAAUGAGGUUUGUGCACACUGUGGGGGUCUGUGAAAUGUAAAAGACGUUUUAUUUGGUCUUUCGUGGUUAAAGGCAGUUCAAGAAACAAGUUUCUGUUUUAUUUCUGUGUUAAGGGCAUCAUAGAACUUUUGUAAGGAAGUGCAAUUCAGUUGAAAUAAAAGAGUU